AUGGAGGAAAAAAAGGACCACAGCUUUGCAUCGCUGCUGCACCGGUCCCCGGUGAUCCAGAUGGGACCGGCCAAAGACACAGUGGUGAUCGGGAGGAUCUUCCAUGUAGUCCAGGACGACCUGUACGUCGAUUUCGGCAGAAAGUUCCAUUGCCUUUGCUGGUGGCCGGUGGACGGAGAGGAGCUAUUGCGGGACAGCAGAGUCCGUCUGCGGCUGCAGGAUCUGGAGCUCACUGCCUGCUUCCUGGGAGCCAAAACCGACACCAAGCAGCUGGAGGCCCAGGCCGUACUGCUGGGCCCGCUGGAGGGAAGGGAAGCCCGGGAGAAUCAGUACCAGACUGUCACAUUUAAAUCACAAGUUUCCUAA